AGCUCCCACCUUUGUCCUAACUCUAUUGGCUUGCCGUCUCCGACGCUAAUCUCUGAUUGGCCAAAGCAUCUGUUGUUUCCGCUGCAUGCCAGCUUCACUGUGGCGUUUUGUGAGGACCCCUGUCUGUUGAUCCGUAUUCAAAACACAAAACCUCAGGGUACUGAGUGGUUGGCCAUGGCGUCUGACUCCCCACGCAGACCGAGCCGCUGUGCUGGUGGUGUUGUGGUUCGAGCACAGGCUGCAACGGAGCAGUCGUACAUGGAGAGCGUAGUUACGUUCUUGCAGGAUGUAGUCCCUCAGGCGUAUACUGGGACACCUCCGAAUGAUGAAAAAGAGAAGAUAGUUUGGGUCCGUUUUGAAAAAACUGACAUCAAUGAUGUGGCCCGCUUACCAGAGUUCCAAGAGAUGCAUGGCAGCGGCACUGACUCGCCUCUCUGCUUGAUGAUUGGCUACACGGAUGGAAUGCAGAUUUGGAGUAUAUCACUGAGCGGGGAGGCGCAGGAGCUGUUCUCGGUGCGGCACGGACCUGUGCGAACUGCUAGGAUCCUGCCUGCUCCUCUUAUCUGUUCCCUCAACACUGACAGCUUCGCUGAGAAACGGCCCCUCCUCGGCGUGUGCAAGAGCAUGGGCUCUUCUGGGACAAGUCCCCCUUAUUGUUGUGUGGAUCUUUAUUCCUUGAGGACAGGAGAGAUGGUCAAGUCCAUACAGUUUAAAACGCCCAUCUAUGAUCUGCAUUGCAACAAAAGGAUCCUCGUCGUUAGUCUUCAAGAAAAGAUCGCUGCAUUUGACAGCUGCACCUUUAUGAAAAAGUUCUUUGUCACAAGCUGCUACCCCUGUCCUGGGCCCAACCUAAACCCCAUAGCUCUGGGAAGCCGGUGGUUAGCCUAUGCUGAGAACAAGCUGAUCCGGUGUCAUCAGUCCCGUGGUGGGGCCUGUGGAGAUAAUGCCCAGUCCUACACUGCAACUGUCAUCAGUGCUGCCAAAACGUUGAAGACAGGCCUGACCAUGGUGGGGAAAGUCGUGACCCAGCUUGCUGGUACACUGCCAUCAGGGGCACCCGACGAAGAGGGCACUGCCCAUAGCGGGACCCGCCGCAGCCCUCACCAGCCUGGUGUGCUCACCAUCAUAGACACACACACUAUGGGAGAAGGACAGGUUCUUGUUAGUGAGGAUUCUGAUGGAGAAGGAGUGAUUGCGCAUUUUCCAGCACAUGAUAAGCCUAUAUCCUGCAUGGCGUUUAAUCCGAGUGGUAUGUUACUUGUGACUGCAGACACCCUUGGCCAUGACUUCCAUGUUUUCCAAAUCGUGACUCACCCAUGGGCGUCUUCCCAGAGUGCAGUUCAUCAUCUAUACACACUUCAUAGAGGAGAGACUGAGGCUAAGGUGCAGGACAUCUGCUUCAGCCAGGACUGCCGCUGGGUGGUGAUCAGUACCCUUCGAGGUACAUCUCAUGUCUUUCCCAUCAAUCCAUAUGGUGGAGCGCCAUGUGCUCGCACACACGUGUCUCCACGUGUGGUGAAUCGCAUGAGCCGUUUCCAGAAGAGUGCCGGACUAGAAGAGAUCGAGCAAGAGCUGAGCAGCAAACAGGGCGGACGAUGUAGCCCUAUUCCUGGCCUCUCUAGUAGCCCAUCUGGAUCCCCACUACACGCCAAAGUGACCAGUCAAGAAUCCUAUAACAACUUCACUAACAACAGCAUGGGUAACCCACGCCUGUCUCCAUUACCCAGUUUGACGAUCGUGCUUCCACUGGCUCAGAUCAAGCAGCCGAUGACCUUGGGCACCAUCACCAAGCGCUCUAGACCCUACCUCUUUGGGGCUGGAUGUUUUUCCAUUAAAACUCCAUGCAAAUCCAAGCCACCUCCCCAGAUCUCUCCCAGUAAGUCCAGCGGUGGGGAGUUCUGCGUGGCUGCAGUCUUUGCCUCCUCCCGCUCUUGGUUCAUCACCAACCCCAACAUGAAGAGAGAGAAAGAUCAUUCUCGGCAGGCUGUUGUUGAAUCUCUGUACAUCCUGAGUUGCUACGGAAACCUGGUGGAGCAUGUGCUGGAGCCUCGUCCAAUCAGCACGGUGCACAAAAUAGGCGACGACACGCCUCUGGAGCUGAACACCUGUCCAAGAGCCUGUUGGAAUCUAGCCAGGACAUUGCAGUGGAAUGAACUACAACCACCUUUCAACAGCAACCACCCCUUGGUGCUUGCCUCAGACUUUGUGCAGUACUAUCAAUACCUACUGGCUGGAUUAGCUCCUCCUGGCAGCCCUGGCCCCAUUACUCGGCAUGAGUCUUAUGACAGUCUGGCAUCUGAUCACAGUGGUCAGGAGGAUGAAGAAUGGCUCUCACAGGUGGAAAUUGUGACCCACACCGGCCCUCACAGGAGACUCUGGAUGGGCCCUCAGUUUCAGUUUAAGACCAUCCAUCCAUCGGGUCAGACCACUGUUAUCUCCUCCAGUUCCUCUGUACUACAGUCACAGGGGCCCAGCGACACCCAGCAGCCUCUUCUUGAUUUCGACACAGACGACCUGGACCUGGACCUGCACAGCCUCAGAAUCCAGCCGGUGCGUUCAGAACCCGUUAGCAUGCCUGGCUCGUCUCGCCUGGUGGCCGACCGUAGAGGCCAGUCUACAGUCAUAGAUACCGGCUCAGCCAGCACUGGACUGUUUAUGGAGCGGGAAGGAGGAACGGAUGAGUGGAAGACUUCUACAGGGGCAGUCAGGAAGGUGCUGAAAGGCAUGUUUGACCGCAGCGUCACCCUGCUGGAGGUGUGUGGCAGCUGGCCUGAGAGUUUCGGACUGCGUCACAUGUCCUCUGUGGAAGCCACAGAAGAGGGCCUGAAGGAGAGGCUGGCAGAUGCAAUGUCAGAGUCGCCCAGCAGAGAUAUUGUGGGCUCUGGGACAGCAGAGCUGCAGAGGGAGGGAAGCAUCGAGACGCUCAGCAAUAGUUCUGGCUCCACCAGUGGCAGCAUUCCCCGAAACUUCGAGGGCUACCGGUCCCCUCUUCCCACCAAUGAGAGCCAACCCCUCAGCCUCUACCCCACCGCAUUCCCCUAAAACCAGCCGUCCCACCCACAUCUCAGACCCGAGGAAACCUCUCUGUCGUCUUUGGACAUUCUUGCCAGCACAACCACAACACAUCACCCACGACAGGCCACACUCUUCACCCUGCAUCCUGCUCUGCUAUAUCAUUUCUCUUUUCUUUGAAAUGUGGAUUUUCCUUUAAUCAGACUCGGCAUGCAGGAAAACAGUGUUCAACCAGGCCCUGGCGUUAACAUCCUUUGUCAUUCACUUCCCUUGUAGAAUAAUGUUAAUGUUGCCUCCACCUGGGAGAGAGA